ACACACGCCGCAACACCUGACGUAACAGCGUUUUUGCAUUUGCUGUGAUCUUUAAACUCGACGAAUUCCAAAUAUUACUUUUACUUGAAAACAUAAACAUGCUGAAACUGCCACUAACUCAAAUGCUGCGGUAUUCCCUGACCAACCAACUGUUGCGCAGCCAAACGCGCCUUUUGCAUCUGGGGAAAGCAAAUGUGCUGAGCAGCGAAAUUGAUAAGCAAUCAGUCGAGUUUAAGGAAAAUGCUAGUGAGAUGCGCAAGCUGGUGGGAGAGCUGCGUCAACUAACGAGUCAGGUGUUAACAGGUGGCGGAGCAAAGGCCAUCGAGCGUCACACCUCGCGCGGUAAGCUACUGGCUAGGGAGCGCAUUAACCUGUUGCUGGACAAGGGCUCGCCUUUCCUAGAGCUGAGCACCUUGGCUGGCCAUGAGCUGUAUGGCGACGAGGUAGUCAAUGCAGGUGGCAUUGUAACGGGUGUGGGCAGGGUGUGCGGUACGGAAUGCGUCGUAGUGGCCAAUGAUGCGACUGUCAAAGGCGGCAGCUACUACCCGAUUACAGUGAAGAAACAUUUGCGUGCACAGGAAAUAGCACAAGAGAAUCGUUUGCCCUGCAUCUACCUGGUGGAUUCCGGUGGCGCCAAUUUACCACGUCAGGCGGAAGUAUUUCCCGAUAAGCUGCACUUUGGACGCAUUUUCUACAAUCAGGCGAACAUGUCGGCGCAGGGUAUACCACAGAUUGCCGUUGUCAUGGGCAGCUGCACGGCUGGCGGAGCUUAUGUGCCAGCCAUGGCGGAUGAGAGCAUUAUUGUGAAGAAACAGGGCACCAUUUUUCUGGCUGGCCCGCCUCUGGUCAAGGCGGCCACCGGCGAGGAGGUGUCUGCCGAGGAUUUGGGUGGAGCUGAUUUGCAUUGCAAGACUUCCGGUGUCACGGAUCAUUAUGCGGUGGACGAUGAGCACGCUCUGUAUCUGGCCCGGCAAAUCGUUAGCAAUCUUAAUCUGGAUGCAACGAACGCCUACAAUGAGCAACUGCAGCAUUCCAGUAAGACAAACUUCGGCUCAGCUGCGCCAGCAACUGCGGCAGUGGAGGAGCCGCUGUACGAUCCAACAGAACUCUAUGGUAUAGUUGGGCCCAAUCUAACGAAGAGCUUCGAUGUGCGUGCUGUCAUCGCUAGAAUUGUGGACGGCAGUCGUUUCACGGAGUUCAAGAAACUCUAUGGCGAGACUUUGGUGUGCGGCUUUGCCAAGCUCUACGGAGGCACUGUGGGCAUUGUGGGCAACAAUGGUGUUCUCUUCUCGGAGAGCGCUCUGAAGGGCGCUCAUUUCAUCCAGUUGUGCGCGCAGCGUAAGAUUCCAUUGAUCUUUCUGCAAAAUAUAACAGGCUUCAUGGUGGGCCGCGAUGCCGAGGCUAAUGGCAUUGCCAAGAAUGGCGCCAAGAUGGUCACCGCUGUUGCCUGUGCGAAUGUGCCCAAGUUGACGGUGAUCAUUGGCGGUUCCUAUGGCGCUGGCAACUAUGGCAUGUGUGGCAGAGCCUAUUCGCCGAGAUUCCUCUAUAUGUGGCCCAAUUCCCGCAUCUCUGUCAUGGGCGGCACACAGGCAGCCAAUGUGCUAGCUCAGAUCACCGCGGAUCAGCGCAAGCGAGCGGGCAAGGAGUUUAGCGAGGAAGAAGCGCAGAAGCUCAAAACUCCAAUUGUGGAGAUGUUCGAAAGGGAAGGUUCGCCUUAUUAUAGCACUGCACGAUUGUGGGACGACGGCAUCAUUGAUCCGGCAAAUACAAGGCAAGUGCUGGGCUUGAGCCUGAAGGCUGCUCUAAAUAAUUCCGGCCAAGAAACCAAAUUUGGAGUUUUUCGCAUGUAGAAAAAUUUAGAAUGCUACAAAUUUGGCAUUCACACUGUGAGAGAUUUAGUGCAUUUGUGAGCAUUGAAUGUUCAAAUAUGUUGUAACUGUUGCAUUUAUUAGUGUUAAGAGAAAAUGUGUUGUAAAUUUGUUUACCAAUUUAUUUUGUAUACACAAUGGGCGUGGCCCGGCAAACUGUUUAAAAAUUUUAAAUAAAACUGCGAUCGAUACUGAG